UAGAAAAACAAUGAAACCUAAAAAUUCAAAAAGUUUAAAACGUAAAAGACUAAAACAUAUAUAGGUUUGUUACCUUGGAAAAUUUCUAGAGCAGCUGGUGGAUAUAGGGAUGGAAACACAAUGCAAAUUGAUUAGUAGAUUGAUUUGUCUAGUGUUGAUGCUCCUCGUUUCAACAGCUAAUACAAAUAGAACCUUUUCAACAACGAAACAUGUGAAAAUUGAUUUGCGCAACAAAAUGAGCGAUGGAUUUCUAGUCGAUUGCUCAAGUAUUUUAUUUGAAACAGUGUAUACUAUUGGUAUGGAUGUGGACUCCAUUAUUAAUGCAUUCGCUAAAUUAAAAUACCGUCGUGUAUAAUUUACAUUGUAAAAAAAUUAUAAUCAUUAUAUUUUUUUACUAUUCUAAUUUUCUAAUAAAAUGCGGCCUAGUGCACUUCUGUGUUCUGGAUCCGCCGCUGCCUACACUGCUUUUCACCACUUGAAGUGGAAGCCAAAGCCCUCCUGGAGGGAACUCGUUUAGCUGUCGAGCUCGGGUCAUCCUGUCUUAUCCGCUCGGAAUGCCUUUCACUGGUAAGAGCAGUCAAGGAGCCCCUGAUUCUUGGUCGUGGCGUGUUGCGGCAUGAAUUGGCACCAUCAAACAUAUCUGUGGUUCCUACAAAUGGAUUCAUAUAGAGUUUGUCAGUAGGAAGCUCAACUCUAAAGCAAAUUGGGUGGCAAGAUCCUGUGUUAGGAACCAAUUGCCACCGGAAUGGAUUCAAACUUUAGAUGUUGUUGCUCCUUUUGUUGUAACCGCUAGCUACUACUUAAGUUAGUGAAAAGAAAGUGUCUGUAAAAAAAAAAAAAAAAAAACAACGUGUUUAUCCUCUCCUGUUUAUUCGCCUACUUCUUCUCUCUCCAUAAACAGGCUGUAGUGAGAUAAUUUAGACUUCCGUCCUCCUCCCCUUGAUCUCAAACUAUCUCUGCUACGUGUCUGAUCUUCAUUUCAAUCCUUCUGAUCAAUCAAUGAUAUUCUCCAAGCUCAGCCGCUCCACACGCGGCUCCAAUCUCUCUAAGUGGCAGAAUAUAUCGCUCCGUGGUUACCGCAGAUCAGCCAUCACCGGCCUGCCGCUGGGAGGUUCGUUUGCCAAUCGUAUAGACGACGGAGUGGGCUUUCUGAGGAGUUAUUUGACUUCUAUUGGGGCUGCCAAGAGCUCUGCUGCCAAAACUUCCGUCGCGAACCUGAACGCCAUCCUUGCAAACCCUAGACUCCGGCGGGUUUUCUCGAGUGAAGCUCCCAAGAAGAAGAGUUAUGAGAACUUCUAUCCCAAAGGAAAGAAGAAAGCUCCGAAGGGAGAUGGGAAGAAAUCUGAGUCCAAAGAGAAUUCAAACGCUGAUGAUGAAUCGAGCUUUCAGAAGAUGUUUACGAAACAGUUCAACAACUUACUGACCCCUUUGUUAGUCAUUGGGGUGCUUCUUUCUUCUUUUCCUUUUGGCUCGAAUGAGCACCAACAGAUCAGUUUCCAAGAGUUCAAAAACAAGCUUCUCGAGCCUGGUUUGGUGGAUCAUGUAGUUGUUUCCAACAAAUCAGUUGCAAAAGUUUAUGUGAAGAGUGCACCAUCAAACCAGACAGGUGGUGAAGAUGUCCAAGGUUCUACGACUGCCACUCCUAUUAGAGGACGUGGAGGACAAUAUAAAUACUAUUUCAAUAUUGGAAGUGUGGAUGCAUUUGAGGAGAAGCUGGAGGAAGCACAGGAGGCCUUGGGGAUAGACCCUCAUGACUAUGUACCUGUUACAUAUUCCUCGGAGGUUGCUUGGUUCCAAGAAGUGUUGAGGUUUGCUCCGACGUUAUUGCUAUUGGGAACCAUCUUGUACAUGGGAAGGAGAAUGCAAGGUGGGAUAGGCCUUGGGGGUGGUGGUGGAAAAGGUGCACGUGGUAUAUUCAACAUAGGGAAAGCUAACAUCACCAAAGUGGAUAAAAAUGCUAAGAAUAAGGUCUAUUUUAAAGAUGUUGCUGGCUGUGAUGAGGCAAAGCAAGAAAUUAUGGAAUUUGUGCAUUUCCUUCAGAAUCCUAAAAAGUAUGAGGAGUUGGGAGCAAAGAUUCCAAAAGGUGCUCUUCUAGUUGGUCCUCCGGGGACUGGGAAGACUCUUCUAGCCAAGGCAACUGCUGGGGAAUCUGGGGUGCCAUUUUUAUCCAUUUCUGGCUCUGAUUUCAUGGAGAUGUUUGUUGGUGUUGGUCCAUCUAGAGUAAGGAAUUUGUUUCAAGAAGCGAGACAGUGUGCUCCAAGUAUUGUAUUCAUUGAUGAAAUCGAUGCGAUUGGCAGAGCAAGGGGACGUGGUGGCUUCAGUGGUGGCAAUGAUGAAAGGGAAAGUACCCUCAAUCAAUUGCUGGUAGAAAUGGAUGGCUUUGCUACUACUGCUGGGGUGGUUGUGCUUGCUGGCACUAACAGACCGGAUAUACUAGACAAAGCUCUUCUGAGACCUGGAAGAUUUGACCGGCAAAUUUCCAUUGACAAGCCAGAUAUAAAAGGCCGUGAACAAAUAUUCCAGAUCUAUUUGAAGAAACUGAAGCUUGAUCAGGAACCGUCAUUUUACUCUGAAAGGCUUGCUGCCCUCACUCCUGGAUUUGCUGGAGCAGAUAUUGCAAAUGUUUGUAAUGAAGCUGCUCUAAUUGCUGCAAGGAAGGAACAAAAAGUAAUCAAUAUGGAACACUUCGAGUCUGCAAUAGACAGAGUAAUUGGUGGUUUGGAGAAGAAGAACAGGGUAAUAAGCAAGCUGGAACGACGGACUGUUGCCUACCAUGAGUCAGGUCAUGCUGUAACCGGCUGGUUUUUGGAGCAUGCAGAGCCACUCUUGAAAGUGACGAUUGUUCCUCGUGGUACAGCUGCGCUUGGGUUUGCUCAGUAUGUUCCUAAUGAGAACCUUCUGAUGACCAAGGAGCAACUUUUCGAUAUUACUUGUAUGACCCUUGGUGGUCGAGCAGCAGAACAGGUAUUGUUGGGGAAAAUCUCAACAGGAGCCCAAAAUGACUUGGAGAAGGUGACAAAAAUGACGUACGCCCAAGUAGCGGUGUAUGGUUUCAGCGACAAGGUGGGACUUCUGUCUUUCCCACAAAGAGAGGAAUCAUUUGAGAUGAGCAAGCCGUACAGCAGCAAGACGGGGGCCAUUAUCGACGGGGAAGUACGAGAAUGGGUGGGCAAAGCAUAUGAACGCACAUUGCAAAUUGUAGAAGAGCACAAGGAGAAGGUUGCUGAGAUUGCUGAAUUGUUGCUGGACAAGGAAGUUCUCCACCAGGAGGACUUGGUCCGGGUCCUGGGGCAGAGACCGUUCAAGGCACUCGAAGCUACAAACUAUGAUAAAUUCAAGGAAGGUUUUAAACAUGAAGAAAAACAGGGUGAGAGCAGCACGACGAGUGUGGAGGAGGACGACGAAUCGCCACCAAUAGAGGUGGUACCUGCCUGAACCUCUGAACGGCACUCUUGAUGUUUGUGUUUGUACAUCUCGACUGAUUGGAUUACUGCAUUGAGCCGUCUCUUUGCGUGGCCCCUCCCACUCCCUCUCCCCAGAGACGUUGUAAAAUUUUAUAAGUUAGCCUGCCUUGGGCUUCUCACUAGAGUUCGAAAUAUUUUGUUGCGUUAUGCCGUGUAUAUCUUGGUUGAAAAGGGCAAAAGGAAAUGUUGAGCAAUAAUUUAUGGCUGGUUGAUUUCAUGCUGUUUGUAUUUGCGAGGAAUGCGUUUUGUGUUGGCGCGAAGGGGAACUAUUUAUGAGAACGAAAUGCCAUUGCUUGUUGUUGUCUGGGCAUGAGGUGAUGGAUUAUGAAUUUUUUUCGGAUGCCAACUUGUCAGAUGUUGAGGGUAGAUCGAAUGAAUUUGCAGGAAAUGGUGAUGGAAUCCCACGAGCGUCAGUAAUCUUUAUUUUGUAUUGUAUCUAUUGAGAGAAGAGAAUGAAUAGAUCGUGAAGGUUUAUGAAGACGAGACAAUACAUAAACUCGAUUGGUUCCUCAGACACUUGGCUGACAUAAUCGUGUCCAAGUUGUGGGGGUUCAGCAGCUCAAGAAUUGGUUGAGAGAAGAGGGUGAAUUGAUCAACAUGAGUGACACCAAAAGCUAGGAAAGAGGAGGACAAAAACUACAAAGGUGUCUAGCCUUGGUCUGGUAAAUGUCAAGUCAAGACUCCCUCAAAUAGAAAAUUUGUUAGAAA